UGGAUGACAAUCAACCAAGCAUAUCCUAGCUAUAAUAAUGUACCAGGGAUUAGAGUUAAGCACAAGAGCUAUUGAGAAAGGAGGGUGGAAAGUACAUACGCCCCUCCAGUUGCAGGAUCUAGAUUCCGAUGAAGCCGAGCAUUUUAUUCAAAAGGACUGCAAGCGAGACCUGCGUAUCAAUUGGGACGGGGAUUGCCUCCGGUGUCUAGUCGUUGAUCUCGAACCUCAAGAGCGGGUAGCAAUCAAAGAUCCAGUAUUGCAAACUGCGCUUCGAAAAGGAUGGAUUCCGGCGGAAUUUAUUCGUCUGCUGGGGAGUGGGAAUGCAGGCACUUCUCUCUUGUGGACGGCUGACCGAAGAAGCCUUUUUUUACAAUUACCAAAAGACAGAAAUGGCUUGGUCACGAUGAUAUUAACAUGCCUACCAUCCGUGAGACCAAAUGCAAGAUGCCAACCCCAAACCGACUGGGCCUGUAUCCUCCUGUCAUCCAAUGGAAUCGACCUCGAGAGCUUACUAGCCAAAGACCCCUUCCCGAAUGAUUACACCCGAAUGCCAGCAGACUUCAUGAUCCUUCCCGUGAGCUUGUUCCGAUGGCGGGUGGAACUGCUCGUCGAAGAACUGGAGAAUCUUACCCGCAACGUGGUAAAUGAAGAAGAACAGCUUAUAGGAGCAAUCGAACUGUCUGAGCUGGACUCGAUAAGGAAGAGCAUCUUCGAGCUUGGAAAAGUGCAAUUGCGAUUACGGAGGAAAUGGGUGUGUACACUUGAGGUCGCUACGACACUUUCACAGUAUUUCGACGCUAUUGAAAGGCAAUAUGCUAAGGAAGAAGUGUCCCCGCAAUAUUCCGAGAUUCUCAGGCAGAGGGUUCGGAUGGAUGCCCAGCUUUGCGGGUCGUUGGAGUAUGACUUGCAGAUUAUACCGUCGAAGAUAGAUUCCCAGCGCCAGAUGAUUGACAGCAGAUUCCACAUGAUGAUUGCUCAAAGCUCUGCGAAAACCGCAGAGGAAUCUCAGAAAGACAGCUCGUCCAUGAAAACGAUGUCGAUUAUGACACUAAUAUUCCUGCCGGGGACCUCAAUUGCGUCUAUUUUCAGCAUGGGAGUCUUCAACUGGGACGCCAAAGACGUUCGGCACGUCGGUAAUCAGUACUUAUGGCUCUAUUUUGCGAUUGCUAUUCCUUUGACCAUUGUAGUAUUGUUGACUUGGUACUCAUGGGUCAAGUUGAGGCAAAGGAGGAAGGAGGCGAAGAAAAGUGAAAAGGAUAAAUGCUAGAGUGGUUGAUAGAUUGCACGUUUGUCCAUUUCUUGUUUGAUGUAUUAUAGAAUAAAAUGCUAAUGCAACGAGUCAAUGAAUC